GAUAUGUUUGCCAAUUCAUACAAUUUGCCAUUAACCUUGUAGCCACCCCAAACCCCUCACUUUCCUCAAUAAUGGCGCACACCGCCGUAGCCGGCGGCGGGGGAGGAAGCGACGUUGAAGCAGGCUUCGCGAAGCUCCAAGGAGAAGAUUUCGAGUACUAUAUGCAAACCUACUCCAUAAUCCUCGGCAGAAACUCCAAGAAAUCUACCGUCGAUGUCGAUUUAGCUUCCCUAGGCGGAGGAAUGAACAUCUCUCGCCACCACGCUCGAAUUUUCUACGAUUUCCAACGCCGUCGCUUCGCCCUAGAAGUCCUCGGAAAAAAUGGCUGCCUUGUCGAGGGCGUUCUCCACCUCCCUGGAAACAUUCCGGUGAAGCUAGACUCACAGGAUCUCCUUCAGAUCGGCGAUAAAGAGUUCUACUUUCUCCUUCCUGUACGGAACAUUCUCGGUGGGGCUGCCGUUCCGCGUCAUCAUGUGUAUAACACUCCUCUCCCGCCGCCAGCUGUUCCGGCGAGGAAUUCGGGGUACGGCGGCGGUGGUGGGGGGAGUAGGAAGGGGAGGAUGAAGGAGUUUUAUGCGGCCCCUGCGGCAGGAGAGGAGUAUGAGGAGGAGGAAGGUGGAGGAAGAGAGAGAAUGGGUGAAGAUGGUGGUGGUUUGUCCAAGAAGAUGCGGAGAUAUGGCGAUGGUAGUGGUGGCGGGGGGCAUGAUGGUUAUGGGUAUGGUGGAGGUAGUGGCGGCAAAGGUGGACUUUCUGGAACUCUCGAAAAGAAAUCUGAUGGAAGAUCAAGGGUUGAUCCUGAAGCUGACAAUCAGCAGCUUAUGCAAUUGGAGGAGAAAGAUGUUGUAACGUCUGUAGCUACAUUGCUUUCUGAUAUGUGUGGUCCAGGGGAUUGGAUGGCCAUGGAGAAACUUCAUACCGAGUUAAUGGAGCAGUACGGUCAUGUUUGGCAUCACAGUCGCGUAAGGAGAUAUCUCACAUCUGAAGACUGGACAGGUCCAGAAUCUAAAGGAAAACCGUGGUAUGGGUUGUUGAUGUUGCUGAGAAAAUAUCCAGAACAUUUUGUCAUCAAUACUCGUUCCAAGGGCCGUGUGACAUUAGAGUUUGUUUCUCUUGUAACUCUCCUUACCUGAUGAUCUGAUAUUGUAAAGAUUUAGGCAAACCCCUUUUGUAUCCUAGUUAGAUCCAAAGUAGUUCAUUGGCUAAUACAUGAACUUUUAGUCGAACUCUAAUGUACACGUUAUCCCAGUAUGAGAAAGUUGAUAGUGUUUGUGUUUA